CUCUCUAGUGCCUUACAUGCCGCUAGCUAAAUCCGUAAUCGGGAGACCAGCCUCUCGCUCGGAGCCUGAGCCUCCGCUGGCGUUCGCGCAGCGGCACGCCACAGCUUAAACGCACCGGAACUGGUCAGAGAUCUGCCGCUCCAUCCCUGGACCAGCGGGCGUGGUCAUCCCGUACAUCCUUACCGGCCGAGCCGCAGCAAUGGCUGAUUCCGGUUCUGAUUCCGAUUCCAACUCCAUUCCCGAAGAGCAGCAAGAGAUCUGCGACGCUGUACGAGCUUUCGACGUCGAAGCUUUGCGCCGAUGCCUCGCUGCUGGCGUCGACCCUAACCUAAGGGAACCACGGUCAAAAUUCCCGCUGUUGUACUACGCGAUACUUUGGGGUAGCGGGGUGCGUCCCGAAAGGACUAUUCAGGCGCGACUCGCGUGCAUUUCGAUGCUGCUGGAGGCCGGCGCUUCAGUAGAUUUAGGUCCCGAGGGUACCGAUGGAAGAACGCCGUUGCAUUACAUUGCGAGCUAUAAAACCCCAUCAUACCAAGCCGUCAUCGCAUUACUCAUAAAAUCGGGCGCCGAUGUCAACACUACUUACUUUGGGGGCUCAGUGUUAGAAACUGCAGCAAUGAGUGGUGUGGCCGCUACCGUCAAGAAGCUCAUCACGGCGGGCGCAGUGGGUUUAGACCGAGCGCUGGUAAAAGCGAUUGCGAAAGGCAACCAACGCACUUACGCUCCGCUCAUGCGCGCCGGAGCAGCAAUACCUCUAUCUAGUAGCACCUUCUGUGAGAAAAUCCGCAUAGCAGGAGGCUUCAAAGCCUAUGAAAACGCGCACCGCCAGCGACUCGUGGCGAUCUUCGCGCCGAAAUUCCCUCAUCUCCCGGCCGACAUGCUCGGGCGCGUCCUCGAGUUUGUAUUCGACGUGGGGGGUCACUGAAUGUACUGUUAAACAAUUACACUAA